AAUGUCUGUGAAUGCCUAGAGAUUUAUUCAUAACGAUGACCAGUUUAUUUGAUUUAGAUGAAAAGGACGUGCAUAUUGUUGUAAGACAUAAAAAAAUCAAUAAAACUUUAGAGGAUGUUGAUAAUAUUUCUUCUACGGUUGAAGCUUUGAAGCCUGUUCAUGUAGGACUUACAAUGCAUAAAAAACGUCAAGAAUGCUUAGAUAAUUUGUAUGAUUUGCUUUCGAGUUCAUCAGAUUUGGGAAUUGAUGAAGAAGUGUCUAUUCGUACACGUAAGUCUGUGGCAAAAUUGGAUGAUGAGAAGAGAUUAUUGUCAGAGAAAGGUCUUGUGCAAAUUGUUCAUCAGGCACCUCAGAGAAUGCGUUUGAAAGGAAAGGGAUAUGAAUUUGAGGAUUUGCGGUCUCUUUUGUCAUAUUAUCAGAUUUGGGCUCAUGAACUUUUUCCUAAAGCAAGGUUUCGUGAAGUAAUUCGGAUGAUUCAAAAGUGUGGACGCUCUAAACGUAUUCGAAUUGAACGUUCCCAAUGGAUUCGUUUAGGAAGGGAAGGUGUUUUGAAACAGGUGCAAAAUAAGUCGAAAAUUGGAAAUGUUUCAGAAAUGGUAAAAGACGAGUACAUGGAGGCUUUAGAAGCUGAUAAAGGACUGGAUGUUUGA